AUUUGUUUUCACACAGUGUUGUUACAGAUCUUAUAGCAGUCGGUUUAAAGCGUGGAUCUGAUGAGCUUCUUCCUUCUGGUAUCACAUACGGGCCUCUUACGAUGAGCAAUUCUACUCCUGCUACAGCUAAUGGGAAUGACAACAAGAAAUUUAAAGGAGACAGAUCUCCCUGCUCCCCUUCUCGAGUUCUUCAUCUUCGUAAAAUUCCAAAUGAUGUCACUGAAGCAGAAGUAAUUUCUCUAGGCGUACCUUUUGGCAAAGUAACCAAUCUCUUGAUGUUGAAGGGAAAAAGCCAGGCUUUUCUAGAAAUGGCUUCAGAGGAAGCUGCUGUUACUAUGGUGAACUACUACACUCCUGUUACUCCUCACCUUCGCAGUCAGCCUGUUUAUAUUCAGUAUUCCAAUCAUAGAGAACUUAAGACUGACAAUCUGCCCAACCAGGCUAGAACUCAAGCUGCAUUGCAAGCAGUGAAUGCUGUGCAGUCUGGAGGCAUGGCCCUCACAGGUGCUCCAGUUACUGAGAGUGGGCUGCCUCCUGGUCAGAGUUCUGUUCUUCGAAUUAUCGUGGAAAAUCUCUUCUAUCCUGUUACUCUAGAAGUGCUAUAUCAGAUCUUCUCCAAGUUUGGAACAGUUUUGAAGAUCAUAACUUUUACAAAGAACAAUCAGUUUCAGGCCUUGCUUCAAUAUGCUGAUCCUCUGAAUGCACAGUAUGCCAAAAUGGCUCUGGAUGGUCAAAAUAUCUAUAAUGCUUGCUGCACUCUUCGUAUUGAUUUCUCCAAGCUAACAAGCCUUAAUGUAAAAUAUAACAAUGAUAAAAGCAGAGACUUCACGCGUCUGGACCUUCCUUCAGGGGAUGGGCAGCCUUCCCUUGACCCCACUAUGGCUGCUGCUUUUGGCACUCCAAGUAUCAUCUCCUCACCUUACGCAGGGGCAGCUGGUUUUGCUCCUGCCAUUGGCUUUCCCCAAGCUGCAGGAUUAUCGGUCUCGGCUGUUCCUAGCGCACUUGGUCCUCUUGCAAUUUCCACCUCUGCGAUGACUGGGCGGAUGGCUCUCCCAGGAGUUACAGGACUGCCUGGAAAUUCUGUGUUACUUGUUAGCAAUCUUAAUCCUGAUGCAAUCACACCAGAUGGGCUUUUUAUCUUGUUUGGUGUUUAUGGUGAUGUCCACCGUGUAAAAAUCAUGUUUAAUAAGAAGGAAAAUGCCUUAGUUCAGAUGGCAGAUGCAACUCAAGCCCAACUAGCCAUGAAUCAUUUAAAUGGGCAAAGACUAUAUGGGAAAGCGCUCCGUGUUACGCUCUCAAAGCAUCAGACAGUACAACUCCCUCGUGAGGGUCAAGAGGACCAGGGUCUAACCAAGGACUAUAGCAGUAGCCCUUUGCAUCGCUUUAAGAAGCCUGGCUCCAAGAACUUCCAAAACAUCUUCCCUCCAUCUGCCACUCUUCACCUCUCCAACAUUCCGCCUUCUAUCACAGUUGAUGACCUGAAGAAUCUUUUUGCUGGUACUGGGUGUACUGUGAAAGCCUUCAAAUUUUUUCCAAAAGACCGCAAAAUGGCUCUUAUCCAAUUGGGCACUGUGGAAGAAGCAAUCCAGGCCCUUACUGAGCUUCAUAAUCAUGACCUUGGAGAAAAUCAUCACCUCAGAGUUUCCUUUUCUAAAUCUACAAUCUGAAUCUGAUGCAUUGAGGACCUUUUGAAGUUCAACGCUUUGCCCAUAAUCCCAGUAAAAACUUCAGGCAGAGACUGUAGUAGGCAAAACCAACGCUGCAUCCUUGAACAAUGAAACUUGUGUGGUUCAUGUGUAGUUCUAUACUUUGUAACAAAUCAUGGGGUUACCUUUCCAUAUCUCUUGCUAUAAUGGCAAAUAAUCCUCCACAAAAAUUUCUGUUAAUAAUCUACCAUCUUUAAUAGAACCCAUCUUUUUUUUUUUUUUUGGUGAUUUCAGGAACAUAGUUUUAGUUUUAAUUCCCAAACAAUGUUACACAACACUUCUGUUCCCUGUCAAACAAUGUGAUCAACGGAAUGUUCCAAAAAUAAUUUUAGCAAUUUACUUUAUAUAGUAAUUACAUUCAAAAUAUUUUUGGUGGGAAUAUUUUUUUUUACCAAUUAGCUAACUUUUUAAUCAUUCUCUACUGAAAAUAUUGGAGAAAGGGCAGUGCCUUAUUUCUCCAUGGAGUAAACUAACGAAAUUCAAUAAAUUCUGUAACCAACACAGGUAAAUUGUCCUAAGGUGACCAUGCUGACAAUUCUAACUAGGCAUUAAGUCAUGGUGUGAGAGAUAACUUAGCUGUUUUAACUAUGAGAUGAAGUGUAAUAAGAUAUUGGAGAAAAUGAAAGAAGAAAUAUGUCCUGAUUUCAAGUUUUGUACAUUUCUUUCAGAAAAAAUUGUUUACACUCCUAAGGAAAAAAAAAUCAGGUCUGUCAUAUGGUUUGACAAAUUUUUAGAAAGGUUAUUUUUGGUAAGGUCUUGUUUAAAAAUAUAAAGUUAAACCUCAAGGGUUUUUUGUACCACUAUAAUCUCUUAAUACUUAAAUCAGAAUUACUGUGUAUUUACUUAAUUUCUUAUGUGCCUUAUUAUGUGCUUAUAAUGAUAUAAUAGUUUAGAGUUUUAUCUGAAGUAUCUUUAACUGUAUUGUGGCUUUGUGAUUUUUUUUUCCCCUUGUCUUAGUUUUUAAACAUUUGGUGAUUUUAAAGAUGUUUUUAAUAAGUAAUAGUCAAAUCAGAUUUUGGUGCUUUGGUAUAGGGAUGGGUAGGUUGGGACUGAAGAUAACUCAGUGCACAUUCUUCUAGACCUCUUCACAAUAUUUUAGGGGUUGCAGUUGAGUGAGGCCCUUGUUGGGCUUUAGAGAAUGUUCUCAGUUUCUGGCUAAUGUCUAACAGUUGAGUUAUUGACUCUGAGAAUAUUUUGCCUCAGGAUUCUUUUCACCCAACAGUGAUGGGCUUGUGCUCAGUGCAGAUGGGCUUACAUUCAUAAAUGUCAAAACUUCAGGACUGAAUGUUCACUCCUUUUUGGAGAGGAAGAUGCAAUCUUACUAUUUUUUUGUGAAAUAUAGGUAUACUCAAGUUAUUUCUAUGAUUGUAAUACAAUGUUUUUAGAGGUGUCUCGAGAUGUUAUGUCUACUGAAAAAUGUCAUUGUUUUAUAAAAUAUUCCUCUCGUAAAUAAGGAUGGUUAAUCCUUUCCAUUGAUUUGAAAAUGGAGACAAAGGUUUAGAAAAAGAAAUGGAAUGUGACAAUAUGUAGUGUGCUCAUUGUCUUUGGAAUGUUCAGUAGGUCAGGUUGUUCUGUGAAUACCAGCUUUUGCUUGGCAAAAAGUACUUCACAGCUUUAGAUCAAUCUCUAAACUCCUUUAAAAAGAUAAAACCAUAAGUUACCUUUGAGAUGCAAGUUUCUUACUAACAUUGCUGUAGCAUGAAAGGAUACGCAGUGAGACACUGGCUGCCUUAAAUUUAUAUAGUUGUGUGUGGAAGGUAGUUCGCUGAUAAUCACAAUUUGGACAAUUAGCAUAUGUGUGUUUUGUUUUGUCAACAUGUAUGUUUCUUUGUGUAAAGCUACACUAGUGUCCAGUAAGAUCUGAUCCCAUUCUAACUAUGACUUGCAGCUGUUUGAAAAUAACAGUCUAUUAAAACAGACCAACCCUAGAGUAGCAAUGUCUUUUCUUAGUUUAGCAAAGUGAUUAAAAUGAGUGCCUGAUUCUGGCAUGGCACAUGAGCCUUAGUAUGUCCCCUUCAUUCUAUCAGUUUUAGUGGACCAUGGCUCAGAGCAAGUAUAUUCAGGAUGACAGCCCCAUAAGCCAUUAAAUAGCUUCUUGGAUUAGAGAACCAAUAAAUUUGCCUCAUAUUGUAACUUGCUAAAUUACUUUUAAGCUUGGUCACCAUGUGUUUAAUGCUGCUACAGAGGGGGAUGUAAUUGGAGUUGAUGAAUGUAAUUGAAGCAGGAAGAAAAUGAGAGUGAGCAUUAACAUGUAUAAUAUCAAGAGUGUUGUGUGUGUGCGCGUGCGCAUGUGUAUUAUGUGAAAUACCUUGUUUUAUGCUGAUAAACAUUGCAAGCAUUUAAUUUAUUGAUUUUACUAAUCUUAAAAAACAAAACAAUUUUGUAGCGUUAAGAGAAAUAAAUGGUCAAUUUAACAUAAAAAAUACCUUAGUUCUAUAAGACUUCCUACUUCCACUCUUGAGUUUUUGAACGUACACUUAUAGUUACAUGCUGGCAAAUGUUUUGGAUUUUAUUUUGGAUAUAUUCAUUUUGUGAGGUCUCAUCAUAAUUAUAUUAUAUUCUGUAUAAAUCAUGGUUGUAGUAUAUGUGUGUUUAACAUUUUGAGUUUGAUUUUAUUUGGCAAACUUGUUUUUCCAUGAGUUGCAAAUAUAAGAAAUGGCAGUACAAACUUUGCGUUUAAAACAGGAAUUCCAUUUACAGCAAUAGUUAGCUUGAUUUUCUCCUUUCGGUCAAAUGUUUUAGAAGGCAACCUCUUGAAUUUGGAUUAAGAUAAAAACAGACAUUACCACUUUCUUGUCCUUUUAUUCCUUUGCUGUGGAAUAUUAGCAGCAGAUAAUUAAUGUUAACAUAGAAUAUUAAGGGGCUUAAUUAAGGAUAUGAUUAUUGGGUAGCAUAAUUUUCUGCAGAAAUUGCCUUGUUAAGCACCCUAGUAUAGGAAAUUAAUUUUCCAAAUUAUUUGAUCAUUUACAUUAUCAGUUUUUGUUCUCUUACCCUUUAUUUUCCAUAGUUAAGCUGUAAAGCUCUGUGGCCCUUGCAAUUCUUUUGGAAGUGCAGUUGAAGUAACAAUCUUGUCAGGCAUUUCUGUUACCUCUAGUAUUCAGGUUGAAGCAUUGAAGAUAAUUGAUUUUUAAUCAACAUAUAGUGCAUAUUCAUUCAUAAAAGGCAGCAGCAAAGGUGCCCUUUUAAUAUAUUAAAUAGCACUUCUGUGAAUGGGGAUUUGCAGUUUCAUAGAUCAACAUCAUUUGUGAUGGAAAUGCCUUCUAAAUUAGGGAAUGUGGCAUAUUCCUGAUCUGACAGCAAUACAUCAGAGCUAAAAUGCCUUCAGAAACAACCAAGUUCAAACCUCCUCAGGGUUGUGGAGGGCCUAAGUUUAAAACAGUAUUGGCUCAAGUUUUCAACCAAGUAAUCACCCACAAUCCUUAGGAUACUUACUCCUAGAGGUAAAGCCAUAAUAGCUUAACAAUGAAACAAAGACUGUGGCUACCUUUGAAUAUAAACUCUUUCAAAACUGGCUCAGGAAGAAUGAUUGCAUUAUGCUAGCAGAGCUGCAACCUCUUAGUCUCUUCAUACCAUGCAUUCUAUCUUUAGUAAUAAUUGGUAUAUGUGUGCCCAAAUUUUAAUAUGUAGUCAGUGGUUUAAUUUCAGCAUUAGUCCACAGAUUUUUUUCUACCCAACAUAUUUACAAGUUUCUGAAUAUCAAAGCAACAUUCAUUUGAAGCCUUGCCCUAACUUGUUGCCUUUCCUGUUUCUUACCUUUUGUACUCUUACUGUGCUUGAAGGAUACUCUGUAGGCUCUUUGUGCCUAUAUUUUCAAUAGUAGCCUUGAGUUGUCUGUACAGCACCUCUUCCCAGACUGAAAGGCUCGAUGUGCAGUGGAAACUUACUCUAAAGUUUAGCACAUAGGGUGCGUUUUGUGAAGCAACUCCAUUGCUGCCUAUUUAAAUCUGAGUAAGACCAUGGUGGUGCUUCUGGGAAUAGCAAAUCUGAGCUGUGCCCUUCCAGUCUUCAUCCUGUCAUACAUAGUAUAUAUUGCUCUGUUCAAAGGAGCAGAGCUGAGUAGAUAACUGUAUUAAAGCCAUUUUGUUUGCCUUGACACUCUUGUGGACUGGUAAUUUUAAUUACAACUGUCAGAUUUGAAUUGUGCUGAAAACUGUUGAAGUUUGCACAAAUACGUUCUUGAAGCAAACAAACUCCUAAUUGUCUGCAAAAAUCUUUGUGUAGUAUAUAAGACUGUUCUUCAUUUUUAAAGCAAAUCUUAACAAUUAGGAAUUAUUUUUUAAAAAUUGAAAGCUUCAGAAAUCUUAAUUUCAGGGUUUUUACAAAGAAGAAAACAAAAUGGGACCAAAGUUUAUGUGCCUUCAGUAGAUUUCUGUAACUUUUUUUUUUUUUUUUGCUAUCUGUUUCAGUCUUUAAAGUCAGUAUGCUUACGUUCAAGGAAAUGUGUAUUUAUAUAGAGUAAAAUACCAAAUGACCCAUGAACACAUAAUGUCCUUAUGUGCAGUUAGUUGCUUACUGUUUCAAUCAGUUUAUAACCCUUUUGCUUUCUACCAUUGUAACAUGAAUCAUGCUGCGCCAUCCAGGAAUUCAAGACAUCUGGCUUAACGGUUCUCACAGAUUUUAACCUGAAAAAUAGUAAAUGAGUGAGGAGGAUCCUUAUAUCCAAAAAUCCUCUAUUAUAAAUAAUCUCUUGCAGAAAUUCCCAGUUUUGGAUUAAUGUGCAUUAUUAGUGAUGAUAGUGAAAAAAAAAACCCCUAACCAGUUAUACUUUGACUCAUCUCUGUAACUGUGUUUUCAUUUUUCCCCCAAUUCAUUCUCCAGUUUCUGGGGGGGGGGGGGUCAUCCCACCUUCUCAAAAUAUGGUUGCCGACCAAACAAAACGUUGCAUCAGAUUGUCACCUCAUUUGCAAUGACCAAAGAUUGCUUGCUCUGGUUUUACUGAGACAUCUUGCCAGUUCCCUCUUGAGGUAUUUUUCUUGAAAGACUCCAUGUAAAGUGGCCUUUUAUGUGAUUGCUGUUGGUGAACGGACUAAUUAAUGAGACGAGAGAGAAGAUUUUUUAAAAAUGUGAACCAAAUGAAAUGGCCUAAGGGAAGGGGCGAAUGGAUAUUUAAUACUGUAUUCAGAGAAAUAAAGGCACACAAUUACAGGAGCCAGACAUUCCCUAAUUUUUCAUGUGUUCACGAAUCCCGUUUUAAGUUUGUACAAAUAUUCAUCUGACACAAGAAAAUGCUGUAAAUAUUUGUAACAACAUUUUUUUACCUGGCAAAAAAAAAGGUUUUUGGGAACAAGUAUAAAAUGGUUUUUAUAUUAUUAAAAAAAAAAAGAACAUCAAUUGUCUUGUAUAUUUUGAUAAGCAACAGUACCAGCUUUUGUUUGUUAAGCAGCUUGUGGCAUUGGAGGGGAGAAAGAAUUCUGUGUUGUUGAGAUGACUUGAUGUUAUAAAUGCAAAGAAGUUGAAAUAUUAAA